AUGAAGGCGCUCUUCCUCGCCGCCUGCGCCCUGGCCCUCGCUGCCACCGCCAGCCCGCUCUUCCCACGCACAAACACCUGCGCGCAGGGCUCCAAGCCGCCCUACGGCGCGCUCACGCACAGCGCCUGCCCGUGCUGGCACUGGUACAAGAUCCAGGCCGGCGACGGCGACUGCGGCACUGUCGCCGCCCGGUUCGGCGUUGCCCGCGCCGACAUCAUCCGGUGGAACCCGGACGUGAGCGCCACCGUCGACGGCACCUUGUACGACUGCAUCAACUUUUGGCCGCAGCAGCAAAUAUGCGUCGGCAUCACGCCGCCCAACCCGCUCCCCGCGCCGCCGUGCAACGCCGACCCGCCGUACCCGGUCGGCAGGGGCACCGUCUGCGGCUGCAAGACGUGGUACAAGAUCCAGCGCGGGGAUGACUGCGGCCCGGUGGCGUCUCGGUUUGGCAUCUCGUCGGACCAGCUCGUCGGGUGGAACCCGUGGCUGUCGGCCGAUGUCGACGGCACGCACUACCCGUGUAUCAACAUGUGGCCCACGGAUAACCUUUGUGUUGCUGCUUAA